UUGAGACCAGGCUCCCAUAAACCCUAACAAACUCUCUACUGUUUUCUCUCUCUUACCCGCGUCCCCGAUUACUCUUCAAGAAACAAGAUGACCAGUAGAAAUCUUCUCCUUCUGAGGAGGACAUCAUCCCCAUUCAAGCGAUUGACCCUCGCUGCUUUAACCAAUUCCAUCGACUCGUCUUUCUCACAUCACUCCUUUAGUGGAAGAAAUGACACCGUCGGUCCUCGGAACUUCUUCUUUACUUCUGCUCUUUUCAAGUCGGCCUUGUUUAAAGCGGAGGCCCGGGGAAUUCAUACUGGACAUGGGUUCAGGAAUCCUCUGAAUUUUAGGGCCGGAAAUGUCCUGUCUCAGGCGGAAUUUGCUGUUGCUGAUCUUUCUUAUGAGGACGGAGGUUCUGCCCGUGGACAAGGUAAAAACGAGGAUGAUGGACUUGAGAUUUCGAAGCUUGGGAUAUCUGGGGAGAUUGUUUCUGCUUUGGCUAAGAAGGGUAUCACCAAACUCUUCCCUAUUCAGAAAGCAGUGUUAGAACCGGCUAUGCAAGGUAGGGAUAUGAUAGGUCGUGCUAGAACUGGAACAGGAAAGACCCUAGCUUUUGGAAUACCCAUCAUUGACAAAAUCAUUCGACACAAUGCUAAGCAUGGUCGCAAAAGGGAUCCAUUGGCGUUGAUUUUGGCACCUACUAGAGAGCUUGCACGUCAAGUAGAAAAGGAAUUCUACGAGUCUUCGAGUUUGGACUCCCUUUGUGUUUACGGAGGAGUGCCCAUUUCACACCAAAUGAGUCAGCUUGAUCAUGGUGUUGAUGUUAUUGUUGGUACACCGGGACGAGUCAUUGAUUUGAUAAAGAGGGGAGCUUUGAAUUUAUCUAGAAUUCAGUUUCUUGUUCUCGAUGAGGCUGAUCAGAUGCUUAAUGUGGGAUUUGCUGAAGAUGUGGAGACAAUCUUGAGUAAUUUGCCACAGAAUCGUCAGAGCAUGUUGUUCUCAGCAACAAUGCCUUCUUGGAUAAAGAAACUUGCUCAGAAGUAUCUAAAGAAUCCUCUCACAGUCGAUCUGGUUGGAGAAUCUGAUCAGAAGUUGGCAGAUGGAAUUUCUCUUUUUUCAAUUGCAGCGGAGGUUUAUGAAAGGUCAUCCAUGCUUGGAAAACUGAUAACGGAACACGCAAAGGGAGGUAAAUGCAUAGUCUUCACUCAGACAAAACGUGAUGCUGAUCGAUUGUCAAAUUCAAUGCAAAGAGGUUUCAAAUGUGAAGCCUUACAUGGGGAUAUUUCUCAAAAUCAAAGGGAAAGAACUCUUGCAGGCUUCCGAGAUGGUCGUUUUAACAUUUUGGUGGCCACCGAUGUUGCUGCUCGCGGACUUGAUGUGCCAAACGUUGAUCUGAUUAUCCAUUAUGAACUUCCAACAACUUCAGAAGUUUUUGUCCAUCGAUCGGGCAGGACAGGACGUGCUGGGAAGACAGGAAGUGCAAUCCUCAUUCACUCUCCGAACCAACAAAGGGAUGUCAAGACGAUUGAGAGGGACGUAGGAUGCAAAUUUAAGGAGCUUCCCAGGAUUGCCGUUGAAGGUGGAUCUGAUGAUAUGUAUGACGAUGGACCAAGCCGACGAAGUAGUUUUGGACGAUAUGGUGAUUCAGGGUCUGGGCGUAGCAGUAGUGGUGGUCGGUUUGGAGGUGGUUCUUCUAGGUCUGGGCAGUUUGGUGGUGGUCAAUCAUCUUUCGGUUCAAGAUUUGGUGAAUCAAAGUCAUCAUCACGUUCUAGCAGUUUUGGUGAUUUUGGUUCUGGGCGUUCAACAUCAGGUAGUGGCCGGUCUAGUGGAUUUGGAGAUUUCCAAUCAUCAAAUAGCAGCAGUGGUGGCUCUAGGUCUAGCCGAUUUGGGGAUUUUGGGGACGAUUUGUUUGGAGGUGGUGGUGAUAAGAGAAGUGGAAGAAAAUCAUUCUAAACAAUAUUUGGAAGGUUUGGAAGAGGAACAAAGUGAUUGGCUUUGAAUUUGGAGAUUGUGUUCUACUAAAGGAAGGGUUCAUUUUGAUGUUUUUGCUGUGUUAGUUGUAAGGCGGUGAAAUGAUAGUCAUAUCGAACAAUUAGUUUUAGUGUAAGCAUAUAAUAAUCCUUUGGAUGGAUGAUAUGUGUAAUAAUUCGCAUUUACCUAUUA